CAGCUGCAAGAGCUGAUGAUCCUUGUGGCUCCCUUCCAGCUCGGGCUCUUCCGUGCCUCAGUGGAAGUUGCCCGGGCGGGGCUGCUGGCAGCGGGCUGGGCGAGCCCCGCUCAGGGCUGCCUGCCGGCAGGGGAGCCUCGCAGCCCCAGCAGGGCUUGCGGCACCGGCUCCGGCUUUAGGGGCAGAGAAACCAAGCCGCCAGCACAGACUGUGACUGCCACAGCCCCUGGGUCUGGCGCCGAAGGCAGCCAAGGCUGCAGCCGUGCCGUGCCCAUCGCCCUGCCCCGCGGGAGGGGCGGCGGUGCCCCGGUUGGUGUUUGCAAGCAGGAGAUGCUGCAGAAGAAGAAUGCUGUUUUGGUGGAUGGGGUCAUCCUAAAUGGUCCAAUAAUGGACUCAAAAGUAGGAGAGAAGUUUGUGGAAGAGGCCUGUAAGAUUAUAAUGGAAGAAGUUGUCCAGAAAGCAGAUGAUGUAACAGAAAAGGUCUGUGAAUGGCAGGCCCCUGAAAAGCUUAAGCAGAUUCUUGACCUGGAAAUGAGGGACACUGGAGAAUGUCAUCAGAAGAUCCUGCAGCUCUGUCGUGAUGUUAUAAAAUACAGCGUCAAAACCAAUCAUCCGAGAUUUUUCAACCAGCUGUAUGCUGGAAUAGAUUAUUACUCAUUAGUGGCUCGUUUCAUUACAGAAGCACUGAACCCCAGUGUAUACACAUAUGAAGUAUCUCCUGUAUUUCUGUUGGUGGAAGAAGCAGUCAUCAAGAAAAUGAUUGAAUUCAUAGGCUGGGAAGAAGGGGAUGGUAUAUUUAAUCCAGGUGGUUCUGUUUCUAAUAUGUAUGCUAUGAACUUAGCAAGGUACAAAUUUUGCCCUGAGAUAAAGGAGAAAGGACUUUCAGGUCUGCCAAGACUGGUUCUGUUUGCUUCGGAAGAGUGCCAUUACUCCAUGAAGAAGGCAGCCUCCUUCCUGGGUAUUGGUACAGAGAACGUGUAUUUCAUCCAAACAGAUGAAAGAGGUAAGAUGAUACCUGAGGAACUGGAGAAACAAGUCCAGCGGGCCAGGAAAGAGGGGUCAGCACCAUUUCUUGUCUGUGCUACAGCAGGCACAACUGUGCUGGGAGCAUUUGAUCCUCUGGAUAAAAUUGCUGAUAUCUGUGAAAAGCAUGGCCUCUGGCUUCAUGUUGAUGCUUCUUGGGGUGGCUCAGCUUUGAUAUCAAGGAAGCAUCGCAGACUUCUUCAUGGUAUCCACAGGGCUGAUUCUGUUGCCUGGAAUCCCCACAAAAUGCUGUUGGCAGGAAUCCAGUGCUGUGCUCUUCUGGUGAAAGACAACUCUGGCCUCCUGAAGAAGUGUUACUCUGCGGAGGCCGCGUACCUGUUCCAGCAGGACAAGUUCUAUGAUGUCAGCUAUGACACUGGGGACAAGUCCAUCCAGUGCAGCAGGCGUCCGGAUGCUUUCAAGUUCUGGCUGAUGUGGAAAGCAUUGGGAACUACAGGCCUUGAGGAGAGAGUAAACAGGGCACUGGCUUUGGCAAGGUAUCUAGUGGAGGAAAUUAAAAAAAGAGAGGGAUUCCAGCUUCUUUUGGAGCCGGAGUAUGCAAACGUCUGCUUUUGGUACAUUCCACCGAGCUUAAGAAAAAUGGAGGAUGGACCUGAAUUUUGGCAAAAGCUGCACCAGGUUGCUCCUGUAAUUAAAGAGAGGAUGAUGAAGAAGGGCAGCAUGAUGCUUGGGUACCAGCCUCACCGGGGCAAAGUCAACUUCUUCCGCCAGGUGGUCAUCAGCCCCCAAGUUAGCCGGGAGGACAUGGACUUCCUGCUGGAUGAAAUCGAGCUGCUUGCUGAGGACUUGUAGCUGUAGAUCCACAGCAUCAGGUGCUGCUCAUGUGUGAUACUCAUGGAGAGAGAGUGGCAGCAGCAUUCUGGUGCUGUUUUGUGAAAGAUAGUAAAAAGCUUGGCAUGUAGUUUGUCAUUUUACAGAUUGGUGUUGAGAACUUUGCAGGUAGAACAUCCCUUCACAGGAAAGUAUUUGCUGAUGGGGGCUGGAGGCAGGCUGGUGCUUCCAGCACCAUUGCUGCCAUUCUGGGAAGUGUUUCCUCAAGAAGGGAGCACUUCUGAAAAUGGUGUCUAUGUCCCAGGAAAGGCAGCUAUUUACUGGGUGCCUGUGCACAGUGUAGCUCUAGCUGGUCACUUAUGCAUGCAGGCAAAAUUCCUCUGAAGCUGCUAUUACAAGUGGAUUUGUCAGUGAGCCUUAAGAUGCUAGUUAAUUCUCUUCUCUACUCUGUCAAUAUUUUAGUUUGGUAAUUAACAUGAUAAAACUGGAAAUUUUGAACUUACGUGGAAAGAGUUCCUCAAGGCCACCUAACUGGGUGGAUUGCUCAGGUUUUCUGCUGUGAGCACAGGCAGACAGUACAAUGAGGCUCAGUGCAGUCAUCACACCUGGAGGUUUGCAGGAACCUCCUGCACAAAGCUCUGAGUAACCAAUAUUGACCCUGCUGAGCAAGUUUAACCAGAUGACCUUCCAAACCACAGGAUUUUGUGAAAACACAAAAUCCUAUGAAACACAGUCAUUUGGUCCAGUCGGUGUUUGCCAGUGUUGCUCACCCAAAAUAUCACCACUUUAGGAGAGCUGAAAAUAUUGGAAUAACAUUUAGAACUUCUUACUUUGUUAACAAGAGUUACCUAUGGUUUCUGAGCUGCUGUUCACCUUCAUCUAUUUUUAAAGUGUAAAGAUUUGUUUAGAAGCUUUUAGAUGCACUUUAAAAUUUUAACAGAGAAAAAAUAUAUAUUUACCCAGAAGAUACAUAUUUUUUAUGCAUGGUGACUUUAUAUUAAUAAUAUAGCAAAAUUUCUUAGUUGUUCUUGUUUGUUUAUAUUUUCCUACAGAUUUGAGGUACUCUAUCUUAUGCUGUCAGUGUAUAAUUUGUAAUUUUGCUCUGAAAUUACAGUAGUGGUGAUCAGAGAAGAACUUCCUGUGAUUUUAGGAUGUGAACAGUUUGAACAUUUUUGGUCAAUCUGAAGUUACAAAAUUAAGUUCUGCACUUUGUCUUUGUGGUAAGAAUUAGACUUUACUUUGCAUCUGUUUUUUAUUCCAUAAAGAUCAUCCAUUUUAUAGAGAUAGAAAUGUAUUUCUUGUGAUGAAGUUGUUGCAGCAAACCAAUGGAAACAGCCAUGUGUUUCACCUUGUAAUCAACAUCUACUCAACGUUAAUGUUUUGCUGAUUGUUCCUUGUUCUGUAUUUGAGCUGGCACUGACCAGUAUGAACCUUUCUGCUAUAAUGUUUUCUGUCCUCCUGAAAGCUGUUUUUAAACACAAUACUUCCUUGUUUUCAUUUCCUACAUUGUACUAGGAUCCAAUAUUGCAUGAAAUUCCUACUUCCAGUUUCCAGGAUGAUGAACUGCAAAGCUUAGCAAGGUCAUGAUAACCACGGAGGUCACACUGUCAGAGCAGUAAUUAAGAGCAAGGGUCACCUGCAGCCCUUGACAGAUGCCUUAACAGUGUCCUGGAAGUGGAUAUACUUGUGCUAUCAUAAUGGUCCACCAGGCUCUAAGCAAAACCCAUGCUGAUAAUAAAAUAAAUAUCACAAAUGGCCCCUGGAUUUUGCUCUUUAAUACCCACAAAUCACUCCAUCAUUUAUUGAUGGAGAGUGCUUCUGGCUCUACCAGUUAUCCCGAUCUUGGAAAACCUAAAUUCAGGGCUCAUAAGGCUUUUUUUGACUCCCAGUCACUCAGGGUGGAGUGCAGAGUGCACAAGGAAUGCUGCAGGAAGGAGAUGACUUUGCUCUUUCAUCUUGAGUUAGACAGGACCACUACCCCUUCUCCUUCUCUUUUUUUUUGACCUUGAAGAAAAAUACAGAAUACAGUGUCAGGAUGUUUUGUUUAUGGUCCAGAUUCUUGGUGAGUACUUGAUUUUUUGAUUAAUGGAGAAAUUAUGACACCUUUCAACAGCUAAGGAUUUGGUCCAUGGUGUUUUGUGACACCACCACUAUAAAAAAACCUGUUACUGUCUUGUUUCUCUUCAUGUUCUUAGUGCUUUCUCUGUUUCCAGACACUGUGACACUUAUGGCACAUGUCAGGUGGAAGUAACACAGUUCCUUUCUCUAGCAGUAGUGGCUAUAGUGUUUUUAAAUGAGACUAAACUGGAAUCUUUUUCAUAGUUGCAGAAAAUCAGUCUCUGAUCAACAUGUGCACUGAUUUCUUUGAAGCUAUAGGUUAACCUUCCAGAGUGAUGUGAGUACUUUAUCCAAUUUCCAUAUAUUUUCCAUUGUUUCUGACCCCUUACCAUGUCCCAGGUGCUCAAUACAAUAAUUUCAUUUCAAGACUAAUGUAAUUUUCUCAUAGUUGCUUAUGUAGGAGUAGUCUGUACAAAAUGUCUAUUUUGUAGCUGGUGAUUUUAAUAAAAAGUGAAGUAAAUGAUA